UUAAACAAUUUUCAUACAUGCAAAUUGUAGGAGGGAUCUGUUUAAUUUAACGAUUACCUGAGUGGACUUCCUGAAACGUCAGUUCCUAUUUCUGUGGUCUGAAACUGGGAAAAAUGAACAUACGGUAACACCUGAAACUCGGCGCAUAGAUACACAGAAACGCACAAUGAGCCCUUUCUGUUGUCCUUUUUGUUAACUUUACUACAAACCCCGGGAUGCUGAGGCACCCAAGAAUCCUGCUUAACAAAGAAGAAUUUCCAGUGUUUCGCUGAAAGAGAGAAGCUGGACUAACUCUAUUGGCCACCAUGACAGAGCACAGGAGCCAGGCCCUGAAGACUCUCAGCCAGCUCUGUGCGGAGUGUGGCCAGAGUCACGUGGCAUCUGAGAACCACCUGUAUGACUACCAGGACGAGGUGGAUGACGAGCUGUCCUGCCUCAUCUGCCUGCAGCCCUUGCUGUGCCCCACGGACACUCCAUGUGGGCACACGUACUGCUUCAAGUGCUUGGAGAAUUUUCUGAGGGAGCAGGACUUUUGCCCCGUGGACCGGCAGAAGCUCUACCUGCGGCAAUGCCGGCGGUCCAGCCUGCUGGUCAGGAACCUGCUGGACAAGCUGGCGGUGCUGUGCCCCUUUCAGAAGGACUGCGGGCAGAAGAUGCAGCGGUGUGAGCUGGAGCUUCACCUCCGGAACAGGUGCCCAGGCUUUAAGAAACUGCGAGACGAAGCAGAGAGGAGGAAGAGGCCCCACUGGACCGAGGUGAAGCCGGUCCGAGCCGGGGGGGAGCAGUCCGUGGAGGCUGUUCCACCACUGCCUGCCCCUCCCCUGGCUGCUGGGAGGGCCACCCCCGGGGCGUCCCAGGGCACCCGUCAGCCAGCACUGGUGAACCCAGCAUUCGAGGAGAGCGAGGACGACUCUCGCCAGCGGUCGAGCAUUGUGGCAGAAACGAAUGUGAUUGAGCUCCGUCGGGAUAACCCAGAGGAGAUGCUGGGGAUCCGGAUUGUGGGGGGGAAGGACACCCCUCUCGGGAACGUCGUGAUUCAGGAGAUCUUGAGAAACUCCCUGGCUGCCCGAGAUGGAAGACUGGCCCCUGGAGAUCACAUCCUGGAGGUGAAUGACAUCAACAUGGCCAACGUGCCUCACAGACAGGCUAUCGCAGUGCUAUGGCAGCCCUGCCCCGUGGUCUGGCUGACAGUGAUGCAGGAGAAGGGCUUUUCCCCCUGGAGCUCCCCGCCAGAGCAGACUCCCCCCCAGGGAAGAGUGAUCCAGGUGACUCUGAUCAAGAGGGACAGCUCGGAGCCGCUGGGGAUCAAGCUGGUCCGCAAACCUGCCGAGACCGGGGUCUUCAUCCUGGACCUGCUGCCAGGGGGCCUGGCCGCCAAGGAUGGCAAGCUUCGGGAUGACGACAAGGUGCUGGCCAUCAACGGGAACAAUCUGAGGCAUGGGACCCCUGAGACCGCUGCACAGAUCAUCCAGUCCAGCGAGACGAGGGUGAACUUCGUGGUGUUGAGGCAGGGAGAGGAGCCCGGGAGAGAGACCCCUGAGGAGGGAGGAUCGAGCAGCGAGGGGCCCAACCGAUCCCAGAGGAGACCCGAGCUGCAGCACUGCCGUCGCCGCACCACCUUCCAGAAGGACCUGCCGGCUGGUUUCUCCAGUCAGGAGAAGGUGGUGUCUUUGAAGAAGGAGCCCCGCAUGUCUCUGGGCAUCACGAUCGCAGGGGGGCGGGACAGCAGGAACAGGCUGCCUGUCCACAUCACCAGCGUGCAGCCUGUGGGCUGCCUGUACCGCGAUGGCAGGAUCAAAGCAGGGGACGUGCUGCUGAGCAUUAACGGGGUGGAUCUGACCCAGCUGACCUACGGAGAAGCGGUCUCGGCGCUGAAGACCCACGCUGCCCAGUCUGCAGUGCAGCUCCGGGUGCUGAAGACCUCGAAGGAUCAGCCAGGGGAUGAGCAGGAGGAGGCGAUGGAAGAGGAGCAGGGGGAGGCGGAGGCAGGCAGGGAGGAGGAUGGGAACUGGUCCCCGCUGUGGACCAUGUGGCUGGGGUUACCUAGCCAUCUCCACUGGUGCCGUGAAAUCGACCUGCAGAAGACCACCAAUGAGAGCUGGGGCUUCAGUAUCGUGGGCGGGUUUGAGGAAAGCCAGGGACACCAGCCCUUUUUUAUCAAGACCAUUGUUCCUGGAACGCCAGCUCACUUUGACGCACGGCUGAAGUGCGGCGAUGAGAUAGUAGCGGUGAAUGGAGCCACCACAGGAGGAAUGAACAACUCCUCUCUCAUCCCGAUGAUGAAGCUGCAGAAGAACAAAGUCUCUCUCACGGUGGUGUCCUGGCCAGGGAGCCUGGUCUAGCUACAAGGUCAUAUCUGAACUGUUGUGUUCCCAUCAAACCCUUCAAGUAAACCCCACCAGUGGAGAUCUGAUAACCAGUAAAGCACAGUGGAGUUGCUGUAGUCAUUUCUAUGUUUUUAGAGGGGAAUGCAUUGAAGCACCUGAAGUUUCUUAAUGGCAACCUUUGCAAAGUUUUAACCAACUACUGUACCUGCCAGUUUGCACAUCCUUCUAUCCCUACAUCAUCGUAAUGUUUCACUUGGUUUACAACACCAGUAGAUAUUCAGUAACAUUCAGUAGUGUUGAUUGAAGUGUGGGUGGAAACUCUUGCUUUCUGGUUGCCAGUUUUACAGAAAACAUUAAUACCAGCUGUCUGAUGUGGCUCUAGGCUUGCCAGUAUGCAAGUUUAACUGACUUUGCAAGUGUGUGGUAGUAACACUGGUACUGCACUUUAGUCUUGGUGUUACAGAGCGCUGUGCAGUGUUUAACAGAAAUGCAUUCCUUUACCUUUGCUGCAGCAAUCUAUUAUUUGUUUAUUUAGCAGAUUCCUUUAUCCAAGAUGACUGACAGAGACUAGGGUGUGUGAACUAUGCAUCA